GGAGCCAUGACUCACCCGGCCGGCGGCCCUGGCCCGGCUGCGCACAGUGCACGUGAGCGCGCGUCGCGCUCGUUUCUAAUUUUAGCUUCGGCGGCCCUGGUGGGGUCCGGCGAGGAUCUUUCACGAACGUCACUUCAUUGUUUUCACCAGAGCGUGAGCUCCUCUAUGGCGUCACAGUGGACGCUGUCAGGUGAGAUGACCUUGAAGGUACAGGGAAUCCUGUGGCAAGGGGAUGAAGCCCAUCGGCCAUGGAGCCAGGACGCCUGGGCACAAAUCUCCAGCUUCCUGAGUGACAUCAUCCUGACGUUCCCUGAGAGACUGCUGGCUCUUCCGAGAAGGCGUGAUGGAGUUGGGGCUGUCCUGCUUCCUCCUCCUUGCUCCCCGGCCCUGUCCUUCUGGGGUGAACAGAGGGGCCACCACAUCCAAACCAGUCACCCUGGUUCUGCUGGGCGGAUACUGGUGGCCUCUGUGGCACCAAAGCACAGCUCUCGGGUCCCGUGCUUCCCAAACCUGCAGUGCUUUCUGAAACUAGAGACACGGGCACCACUUUUCCUUCCAGAAGCCAGCAACUCUCCAGAUGGUAGCCACUCCAUCAGCCUGGGUCCUGGAAUGAGGACAACUCAGACAGUCCCAAACCAACUCAAGGUGACCUUUUGGAGUAAACAAGAAAGAAACCGUUUGUUGUGUCAAGGCACUGAGAGGUUGGGGUUGUUUGUUAUUAUGGCAUAACCUCUCCGAUCCUGACAGACACCCAGGCACCGUCCGGGACCUCCUGAGUCUCAGUCAGCAUGGGAGCUCUAGCUGAGCCAUUUUCUCAAGUCCCACAGUCGUGAUCUUGGAGAUCAGCGAGGUUUGUGAACCCGCACUUCACUCCACACUGAUCCUGAGGCACAGCUGAACUGUAGUGGGUUGAGUGGUGACCCCCCCCCAAACAUAUCCACAUCCUAACCCCUGGAACCUGUGAAUGUUACAUUAUUUCAAAAACGGGGCUUUGUAGACGUGAUAAAGAAUCUUGAAAGAGGAGAUCAUCCUGGAUUAUCCAAUAAGUACAAUGACAAGUGUCCUUCUAGGGGGAGGCAGAGGGAGAUUUAAGACAGACACAGAGGAGAAGGCCCUAUGAGACAGGCAGAGAUUGGAGGGACGUAGCCACAGCCAAGGAAUACCGACCACCACCAGCAGCUGGACAGGCAAGGAAUGAAUUCUCCCCUAGAACCCCAGAGAGGGUGUAGCCCUGAUGUCACCUUGAUUUCCAGAACUGUGAGAGAAUACAUUUUUGUUGUUUCAAGCCACCGAGUCUGUGGUACUUUGCUUCAGCUGCCAGUGGACGGACAGCGUCCACUAAUCCUCAGGGACCUCCCAGUCUCACAAGGGAAAUUGGGGCUGCACCAGAGAGAGCUGGGCAGCAGGGGCAAGGCAGCCAGAGCUGGGCUGACUGCUUGGGAAAUGAACUCUGGUGGAGGAGAAGUUUGAGCAGAGGUCUGGGGGGAUGUGCACUGGAGCUUAGUAGAGAAGGAGCGGGAGGGUGUUUCAGAAAGGGACAGGUAGGUGUGGACACCAGGAUGGGGGCCAGGCAGGUAUUCCAGCCACAGAAGAGCAGCAGAAUCUGUGCUGGGGAUGAAUGAAUGGAACAGGAGGGCUGGCAAACUUGGUCUUGAAACCCAAGCUGGCCUUCCUUCAUAUCAAUCUUUAUAAAGCCAGAAUGGUAAUUUGAAAAACUGUGCUUUCAAAAUAAGCCAAAAUAGUUAAAUUCAAAAUUGUAUCUAUGCCCUGACCACUACACAUAUAUAUAUAUGUGUAUAUAGAUAUACACACAUAUAUAUACAUAUAUGUGUGCAUAUAUACAUACAGACAGACCAAAACAUAAGAAAAUCAUGGGAUAGACUUAGGAAUUUUUUUCCUUCAUUUUUUAACUUGUUACUGAAGUUGCAACACUUUAAUAAACAAAAGAAUCCCAAAAUAAGUUCUGGGUUAAUAUGAAAUUAAUAAUGAACUACUGAGCGUUCUCGAGGAAGGGUGGGGUGGGUGAUCAAAAUAAUGGUUAAGGAAGGUAGUCGGGUCAGUCCUGUGCAUAAAGGAGAGGAGACGGAGCGGCAGAGGCCAGGAGACCUACAAAGGGGCCGUGCAACAUUCCAGGAGUGAGGUGUAGCGAGGCCCAACUAGGGAUGUGUGUGAGGACGGAGCAGUGUCGGAGCAGCGCUCACAGCCUCCGGUAGCUGCCAGGCCAGACGCUCGCUACACUCGACUGCCCUCUAGUGGCCAAAUCCGGGAAGCCAGCCACGCCUUUCAAAGCUACCUCCUAGGGAUAGAGCAUUGCGGGAACGUGAAGAAGGAGCUACGGGCUUUCUGGUGUCAGAGAAGGCUUCCCAGAGGACACGAUGCUUCCUUCCACUGAGCAUGGGCUCUUCGUUGCCAUAUGGCAUCUCUGGGGGUUUCACACUAGCCACCCCUUAUACCCCACAUAAUAGGAGCUGCUCUCUGCUUUAUACUGCCCGUCGCUGGCUGGAGUUGGAGCCUAAUUUGUGUGGCCAGAUGAGGAAAUCAAGGCCCAGAGAGGCAGAGGGACUCACCCACAGUCACACAGCUGAGGUGACAGAACCAGAACUGGGAGGCUGGCUCCUGAGUCUAUGCUCUUAACCACUUGCCAUUUGACCCUCUUUGUGCUGGUUGCACAACAAUGCCCAGAACCACAUUGAGGAGUGUUUUGCCUUUAACCAUCUUCUAUCCUGUUCACCACCCUUGUUCAACCUGUUUCCCACUCCCCGAAGGGUAUUUAAUGGCUAAAUGAAUCCCAAUCAAAUAUUAACUAGAAGAGAGGCACCUGAGCCUUCUCCCCCGGAACCUUCCCUUUCUGCUCAGAGUCCCAGUGUUUGUCACAGCAUCUGUGUUUGCAGAAGGUUCAUGGGUGCAGACAUCCCUGCAGGACGGAUGGGAGGACACAGCCUCUGGUCUGGGGAAAUUUAUGUCUAAAGGGAGCCGAGACGGAUGAACUAUUCCGUUUGCUCCUUUUGCUCUCUAUCAAGCACAGUCAGCUAGUGUUUUUUAAACUGUGAGUCGCCACACAUCAGUGAAUCAUGACAACCUUUUAGUGCGUCUCAAAUCACAUUUUAUUUACAAGAAACUAAUUAAAAUUUAAAAUAUCAUGUGCAUUUUAUGUAGCAUGGUUAAGAAUUGUUUUAGGGGGCUUCCCUGGUGGCACAGUGGUUGAGAGUCUGCCUGCCGAUGCAGGGGACACGGGUUCGUGCCCCGGUCCGGGAAGAUCCCACAUGCCGCGGAGCGGCUAGGAUGUGAGCCAUGGCCGCUGAGCCUGCACGUCCGGAGCCUGUGCUCCGCAAUGGGAGAGGCCACAGCGGUGAGAGGCCCGUGUACCGCAAAAAAAAAAAAAGAAUUGUUUUAGGAAAUUUUAUUUUAGCUGUGUGCACCUGCAUGUGUGUGUGUGCACACGCACACUUGGCUACGAUAUAAAAUAUAUUUCUUACUGUGAGUCCAGUCAAAAAAGUUAAAGAGCCGCAUAGCUAAAUGUUUUUCUCCUCUGCUUUCACAAUACUUGUUAACAGGAGCUUUACAACCCAUGUUUUUUUUUUUUGCUCGAGUUAAUCUGAAAGUGAGUUUCUAUCAGCCAGUCUACACUGGCCAUGAUGGAACAGAGGAGGGGUGAGGGGUGCUAAGACAGCACACGGAGGGAAGCUGUUGGCCACAGAGCCGGGGUUCCACUCCUCGGCCACCAAAUGCACCACCCAGAUGAUGACCCAGCGCGUCACCUGCUUAACUGAAGUCACCUGUGCUUCAUUAAAACCUUGAGGCCUGUGAGCAAGUUAAAUUGUUUGAAUUAACACAGCUUGUUGGAGCCAAACUUAAGCUAUAUUUUCAUAGGGCAUAUUUGUGGUUAAAAUCCUACUGUAAUAUUUAUAUUCAAAAAAUCCAGUUAAUGAAUUUGUCAUUUAUUCUUCCCUGCUUCGAAUCAACCAGUCCUGGCAUAUUUAUAGGACUUCCUCCUCGCAUCCCAGGCACAGACCCUCGGCUGUGUGGUGUGCACGGGAGGCUGGUCUGGCCAGCCCCGGGCAUCACAGGCCUGCUUUGGCAGCCUCGCGGAGGCCCCUCCUCCCGCCCCGCCCCUGCCCGGCUCCACUCUGAGGCCCUGAAGCUGGCUCUUUAUUCAGGGAAGACAGCCUUCCACUGUAGGGCAGCCCAGACCCUGGGGUCCCUGGGAUCCCCCGUGCUGAAGCCAGAGAAAUGCCCCCACAUCUGUAACACAUUCAUCUUUCCUCAGCAAGCCUGACACUGCUGACCCACCUUCUGGGCAGGGUGGAUCAUUAUAGAAGUUAGAACAUGAAAUCAGCCUGGAUUCUCAUCUCAGAUCUUCUGCUGAUAAGAUAAUGCCUUUGGGCACGUUGUGUAACCAAACCAAGGUUCAGCCGCCUCACCUGUGAGAUGGAGGCUGCUAGUAGCACCUAUUUCAUCAUGGUGCCGUAGGGGGAAAUGACGUAACACAGGUAAGGCAUUUGAGCUCCAUACUUAGCAAACGGUAAGUGCUCACUAAGUGUUACGGGCCAUUACGGUAAUGAUUAUGAUUGUUACAACAGUCUUCCAGGCAGCCUCAGGGUGGCUGUAGUCUGAGAGCCACACAGGGCCCCUCCAGGUUAACUCCCAGCGUCCAUCUCUCCAUCACCCACUGACUUUCCCGCCUUAAGCCCUGUCGCUUCCCACAGGGCCCCUCAUCCCUGCCGCUUUCUCGCCUCUUCAUGGCCCACUACCCACCUCUCAGCUUCACUUCCUCCGUUCUAAAGCCGGCUUUGAAGCACACGUCUCCUCAGUCCUUGCCGUGGCCUGAACAAGAUAACAUGGGGUGUGGUGUGAGAGGCCCUGGGUUCGAGUCCUUGCUUUGCUUUUUCCUGUCAGGAAGCACGGCUGUUUGCUUCAAGUAAAUCAAGACAGGCUGCAGAGGGAUCCUGAGCCUGAGACUGUACUAAAAGGGAGGGUCCUGCCGGUCAGGCAAAGCCCAGGGCCGAAGGUGUGUGACAAGGGCUCCCGGCUGUGGGGCGUCCAGCAGGCAGAAGGAACACUGACUCAGGGAGGGAGUGGACUGGAGGCAGGCAGGCAGACCCUGCCAUCUCCUGGACGGGGCUCAAGGAGCCUGGAGGGGUCAGGGGACCCACAGUGGGAACCGGGCCUUGGGUUGGGGAACUGAGGUCAACGCCCAGACACGUGAACUGGGCAGGUCUUGUUUUUGUGGAAGAAGUUUGGAUGCACACCGGGUGGCUGAAGGGUCACCGUCUCCAGAAUCCACAUGGUGCCCAAGGACAUAAUGCAAGGAUGGAUUGGCUGUGGUGGUCCGUGCUGGGCCCUGCUCCAGAUCCACCCGGAUUCACUCCCCGCAAAGGGAGCUACGUGGAGAGAGGCCUCGCUGGUCCCUGAGGCUUCCUGUGUCCAGACUAGAUGGGUAUGGGCUAGCCAGAACAGUCAGAGCUGGCUCAGCUCUAGCGAAGCCGGGAAGGCAAAGGCCUGGGAAAUAGAGUCACGAGGAAAUACUGUGCUGCUCAGAGACACAUGUCCUCUGAGCCGCCUCUAACUCAUUUCUGUGAGACAGAAAUAGUGAUGAGAUCCCCAAUACCUAAGCUCCUGGGUGUAUUAUGGAGAUGAAUGUAAGAAGUAGUUUGGAAAUAGCUGAACUAAUGUUCUUGUAUUGUCAUUACUCUCCCUUGUGUAAGUACACAAGGAUUUUACUAAAUUUCACUACAGUGUAAAUUGAUACAACACAUCGGGGAAUUCACGAGGGUUCCUGAAAUCAGACAAGGCUUCUGAGCAGGAAUGGCGCUGAGAAUGGGCCCAGAUGUGGUGAGAGUAAGUAUCUGUGUGGGAGAUGAGGGAAGGGAGUUACCUGGGCUCAAAACCGGUGACACAACUGGGCUUGAAUUUUCCUGAACCAGGUGCCUGCCUGCCUCGGUGCUCAGGGGCGGUGCUGCCGUGACUGGGGACCCCAGCCUGAGGCCUGCCUCCUCUGAGCCAAUCCUGGGCGUGUCUGGGGAAGGCCUUUGGUCAACGCGGGCAGACCAAGUUCAGUCGUGGAGCAGCAGAGCUGAUUCAAGGCUACCCCUGGGGUUAAAGGAGCCAAGGCAGGGGAAUGGGCAUCACAUCUGCACGUCUCUUACAUUUGAAGAGAUUCUGCGGGCUUGUAGUUUUCAUAGCCCCUCAUACCUUUCAUCCUCUCAACAACUCAGCCCAAUUAUUAUCCCAUUUUUAACUGCAUAGGCGAAUAGGACUCAGAGCGAUUUGCCUAAGGGCAAACGGCCAAGUUGGGACUAGAACACAGACGCUGGAGCCCAGAUCCAACCCAUGUCCCCAGAACAUUUGGAGCUCAGUGUCCCAGGAUGGGGGCAGGAGCCAGGAUCAGACCCAGGCUGUGGCCAGUAGCUCAGAGGACCAGAACCUGGCAGUUCCAAGCACAAAGUCAUGUGCCGAAUGUCUUGAUGGGUUGAAACCGUGUCUGGUGGCAGCAUACGAGAGAUAUGUCUUUUCUUUUUUAUAGUUUUCUGUAUUGAUCAGAAUUUUUGCAUAAACAAGCUUUAUGUUUAUAAUCAGACAAAAACAUAACCUUAUUUUUCUGGGGCUUGGGUGGUAGAAAUCUGCAUAGAGCCGAGUUAGGGCCCUUCAUCGACCAGCAGCUGCUCUUGUGGGCAGGGCUCUGGCCCUCAUCGUACCUGAGUCCCCUGAUGCUCUUUUCCUGAUGAUGGUUUCAACACUUCUAAUUUCCAGUUCUCUCAGCUCAGUCCCCUUUCUGGCAACCACAGCUGCCCUCCCCCAUCCUUUGAGGGUUUUCCAGCAAACCUUUGCACUCAGUUCCUUGGCAGAAGAUCAGGGGAUCACAUGGCUGAGUGACUGGUGUUUUCUGAAUCAUGGAAUGGAAAGAAACACUACACACAAAGCCAGCACACAGACCCUCUGUUGCAAGCCUGGUAAUAGCGCGGCGUGGAAGUGAUUCAUCUGAGACCGCCUGGCGUGUGCACACGCAUUGGAGCGAGGUCAGUGCAGUGUUCGCCUUCUCCAGUGACUAAUGGGGCUUCUCAGGCAGAGGGAAGCCCCAGGCCCCUCCUAGGUACACCAUGGAGCCUAGCAGCCCUGUGCCCCAGGCUCUGGGGCUGCCAGAGAGGUGUCUGGGGAAGUCAUAGACAGGCUGGGGCAGGAGGUGA